GGUGUGUGCUGGCGAGAGGACACUUCCUACCGGACUGUGGCUCGACUUCGUACUCGGGGCCCGAGCAGACGUGGUCUGAGUCUUAGUCCUUUGGAGUGUGCUCUCCCCACAGCCCACCCGGACGAAGCGCGCCCGCUUCCACGUGAGGGACUGCGCCUGCGCCCCGGGGGCGGCUCGAGGGCCCCGAGGCCGCGGCCGGCCACGAGCUCUACGGUUCCAUUCAUGCUCGUCACCAGAGGAUAUGGCAGCCCUGGGGGCAGUACAAGAGCCACUCUCUGCUUCAGCCCACAUCAGCUUCCCAUCACCCGGAUCCCAUCCAGGGCUUCCACAUCAUGAGAUGUUACUACGCCUCCAGGAUCCCCAAUACGCUUUUGAGACUUGUCCGUCCUUUGGAGAUAUCCAGUCUGACCCCACACAAACGGUCCUGAAUGAGUAUUGGUUUGUCCCGUCUGAUCAUAUAGAACAAAUUUCAUGCCUCUUCAUGACAGCCCUUGAAAUAUUUGAAGACAGCUGUGAGGGACAUUGUAAUGGAAGAAUUUUGGUAGUAACUGCUCAGAUGUCCAAGGGGAGAAGGGAAGGAGGAAAGUUAAGGCAAAGAUAACUUCAUGUUUAGAAACUAUUAUAAGACCAGGACUGACAACAAGUUACUGAUCCCAAAGCAGGAAAUUUCUGAAGAAAUAGAAUCUUGUGGAACGGUAUCAGAAAUACUCCAAUCAGAUGUUCUCCAGAAACCCAAAUUUGGAGAAACCUAUGAACUUCAAAGCAGGUUAGAUAGUCAGGUGGGAAUCCCAGCUGAGAAGAGAUGGAAAAACUCCCUUUCCCAUCAGAGAAAGGCACAGGUGACAGUCAUGCAUGAAGAAACCCCUAUAAAUGAGAGAGGCCAUGAAUGUACUGGAUUUGGGAAAAAUUUCAGCCUGAACUCAAAUCUUGUUAUAGAGCAGAGAGUUCCUACAGGAGUGAGACCUCAUAAAUGUGAUACUUGUGGCCAAAGCUUUGGCCAGCGCUCAGUCCUUAUUCAGCAUCUGAGAAUUCAUACUGGAGAGAAACCUUUUGAAUGUAAUGAAUGUGGGAGAGCAUUCAGCCAGAGAUCCGAAAUUAUUAGGCAUCGGAGAAUUCAUACUGGAGAUAAACCCUAUGAAUGUAAUGAAUGUGGCAAAGCAUUUAGUCACAGAUCAACCCUUAUUGAACAUCAAAGAAUUCACACUGGAGAAAAACCCUUUGAAUGUAAUGAAUGUGGGAAAGCCUUCAGAGGAAGGUCAGACCUUAUUCGGCAUCAAAGAAUUCACACUGGAGAAAAACCUUAUCAGUGUAAUGAGUGUGGAAAAGCCUUUAGUCACCGAUCUGUCUUUAUUGCACACCAGAGAAUUCACACUGGGGAGAAACCUUAUGAAUGUCAUGAAUGUGGCAAGACCUUCAAUUGGAGCUCAAGCCUUUUCCAACAUCAGAGGGUUCAUAGUGGAGAGAGACCCUAUGAAUGUAAUGAAUGUGGGAAAGCCUUUACACAACUUGCAGUUCUUAUUGAUCACUUAAGAACUCAUACUGGGGAAAAACCUUAUGAAUGUAAUGAAUGUGGGAAGGCCUUCAGUCAUGGCUCAAACCUUCUUCAACAUCAGAGAAUUCAUUCUGGGGAGAAACCAUACGAAUGCUGUGAAUGUGGAAAAGCCUUCUGUCACAGCUCAAAACUUAUUCAGCACCAGAGAAUUCACACCAGAGAGUGACUGUUAAUGUAGUGGGGAAUUCCCAAAAAUUACUUUGGUGCAAGAACCCAUUAAAGAUUAUAAGUUCAA